CCCCGGGCGGAGCAUCCCGGGCGGAGCAGCCCCGAUGGCCCCGCGGGUGGCGGCGGCCGCGGGCGGGCGCUGAGCGGAGCCGCGGAUGCCGGGCGGGGGCCGGGCGCUGCGGGCAGCGGGGGGCCGCCACCCGGGGCUCGCCGCGCCCCUCCGGCCCCCCAGGGCCGCGGGGAGCCCGGACAUGGGAGUUCGGCUGCCCCGGGGCGUGUUGGUACCUGCGGGACCGCUGGAAAGUCCCUUCUUCCCAUGAGCAGCGCCUGCUCCCGGCGCUGGGCUCUCGCCAUGGACACUGUGAAAACCACCUACAUCGUGCUGGAGCUCAUCAUCGCCGUGCUCUCCAUCGCUGGCAACGUGCUGGUCUGCUGGGCUGUGGCCAUCAACAGCACCUUGAAGAACGCCACCAACUAUUUCCUGGUGUCGCUGGCCGUGGCUGAUAUCGCCGUGGGGUUGUUGGCCAUUCCUUUCGCCAUCACCAUCAGCAUCGGCUUCCAGGUGGAUUUUCACAGCUGUCUCUUCUUCGCCUGUUUCGUGCUGGUGCUGACCCAAAGCUCCAUUUUCAGCCUGCUGGCGGUGGCCAUCGACAGGUACCUGGCAAUUAAGAUCCCGCUGAGGUACAACAGCCUGGUGACCGGCAAGAGAGCGAGGGGACUCAUUGCAGUGCUGUGGCUCCUGUCCUUUGGGAUUGGACUGACCCCACUGAUGGGCUGGCACAAGGCCAUGAGUGGCUGUCCCAACGCCACCAACGAGACAGGAGCAGAGCCCCACGGGGACAGAGCUCUGGGCCAGAGCUGCUUCAUCUCGUGCCUCUUUGAGAACGUGGUGACCAUGAGCUACAUGGUCUACUUCAACUUCUUCGGCUGCGUGCUGCUCCCGCUCGUCAUCAUGCUGGGGAUCUACAUCAAGAUAUUCAUGGUGGCCUGCAAGCAGCUGCACCAGAUCGAGCUGAUGGGCAACUCCAGGACCACCCUGCAGAAGGAGGUGCACGCAGCCAAGUCUCUGGCCAUCAUUGUGGGGCUCUUUGCCUUCUGCUGGCUGCCCCUGCACAUCUUGAACUGCAUCACGCACUUCCACAGCGACUUCUCCAGAUCCAAGCCCGAGUGGGUGAUGUACGUGGCCAUCAUCCUGUCCCACGCCAACUCUGUCAUCAACCCCAUCAUCUACGCCUACAGGAUCCGCGAUUUCCGCUGCACCUUCCGCAAGAUCCUCUCCAAGAUCCUCUGCAAGGCCGACGACUUCCCCAAGUGCCCCUCUGACAACAACCAGCACCUGACUGUCAUCAACAUCAGCUCCCCCGUGGCCUCGGUGACUGUAUGACCCUGCCCUGAUGUCCAGCCCGUCCCUGGCACUGCCCUGCCCCGGGAGCAGGCCCAGGAGGGCUCAGAGAUGACCACUAUGCACUUGUGCAGCUGUGUUUUGAUUUUGAGUUUUAUUUUUGUAAUGAACGUGGUGCCUGGUGGAGGAGUGACCUGAGCGGGGACACUGAGUGCAGCUCGCCCUCCUCUGCAGCCCCAGGGGGUGUGAGAGCUGUGCUCCUCUUGUGUUUCCUUUCCAGGUGUUUCCUUUCCAGGUUGGACACUGACUGGGGAAGACUCACCUGCUGGGGGGGUGUUUCCCCAAUUGUGCUGCUCAUGUCAAGUCAUAGGAUCUUUAUUUUAAUUAUUAUUAUUAUUAUUAUUUUUUAAUAUUUGGAUUCAUUUAGGAGUAAUAAUUUUGUGUCUGUUUUUUGAGUUGUUCUCUAAGUCCAUACUUGACAGCACUUUGGUAAUACCCUAAUUAUUCCAUCAAUUGUUUGAUGCAGCUUGUAUUCUCUGAUGGGAAAAAGUCUUACUUAGCCCAGCUGCUGGUGUGAAACUGAAUCUGUGUUCCAGGAACUGAGGGGAGGGACUGAGGAUGGGAAAACCAGGUCAGAACUGGCCAGCCCAGCAUGGAAACGUCAUUUACUGAAAGAUUUGAGAAAAGACUUGACCGAGGUUUUAGAGCAGAGGAUUUAUUGCCUUUAAUUCACUUUGGUUCACAGGAGUGUGCAGCCCAGUGCUUCAGGUUUGCUCCCAGAUCUGUUUCCAGCUGUCAAAAUGCAGGAGGCAGAAGUGCCCCAAUGGUCCUGGCCUGUCUGAACCAGAGCCACCAAGGCCAGUGUCACUCUGCCUUGGGGACACCAGCUCUGCAAUUAGGUUUUUUCUCCAGGUCAAAACUUGUCAGCCUUGCAGAGCUUCCACAAGUGCAGGUUUUAGCAGUGAGAGGUGGAUGCUGCAGCUCUCCUGAUUCCUAAAGCUUGUCUGGCUGGGACACCCCUGCAGCCCUGUAACCCCCAGAAGCUGUGAAUGCUUUUUAGUAAGGUUUUUUUUUAUUUUUAUCCCUGAAAAAUUGUACUUGAAUCACACAGAAAUCAACUUUAUAUUUUUAAAAUUCUGUUGCACUAAAAGCGGGGUACAAGACCCCAAGAGUUUAAUUUCUCUGGAAUAUAUAGUGACAAAUAUGGUGUAACAUCAAUUGAAAAGCUGAAGAAAAGCUGCAGCAUCUCCUCUGCCAGCUGGCAAGAGCUGCAGGCAGCAGCUGCAGGAAUCACCCCGGGCCCACCAUGCACAGGGAAUGGUUCCCUGGGAGUGCUGGAUUUCAGUGCUCAGCCCCAGACCUGGGUGAACUCACCAGAGCUCUGAAUGGGUUUGCACAGUUUAAGCACUGUCCAAAUUUAGCUCCAGCUCAGUGGCUCAGAUAUGGGCAUUUCCAGCACGAGGCUGAGCAGUUUAAGUCACUGUCCCAAGUGCUUCUCCUUUAACAGCCCCAUUCAGCUUUGCUGCAUCUGCCUUGGGCAGGGGCCAGCUGACACAGGGGCCACCUCCUGCCAUUUGGGCAGGGCCUGGCUCUCUCCUCCCUUCAUUCCUUCCCUUCUGUGCUAUCUUUGGCCCUGUUCCCCCUGUUAAUCACAAGCAGGGUUUCACCUGCAGCCCUGGCAGCGUUGCCAAGUGGUUGCAAGCCACAUUUAUCCUCACAACAAAGGAUGGAAUCUCUCCCUUUGGCUGCCUGAAACCGACCCAAACUCUCACAGCAGCAACAGAGGGAAAGUCUCAGUGCUGUAACACCAAGAGAGAAGGUCCCAGAACACUUGUCCACAUGUUCCAGUGCAGCUCAGCAUCCAGCCCUGCUCCCUUCCCAUGCCUCCCAUGAGCCAGAAUUCCUGCAGAUGGAUGUGGAGCAUCCUCAGUCCAGCUGUGCCUCUGGGCUGUCAGGCACUAACUCUGGCCCAGGUCAUGGUCACUGGGCUCAGGAAGAGCCUUUGUGGAACUGAGCCAAAAACAUUUCAAGGCAAAAUAAAAAUAGGACACCUCUCUUGCCCUCCUCCAUAAAAAGCUCUGAAGGUUUCUAUAAAAAUGUGAAGCAAAAACAGCAGAGGAACUUUCUGUAUUGAGUGCAGCUGUGGCCACUGAGCUGUCACUGCUCUCUGCUCUGAUGUACAUGGAUGGAUGUGUUCUCCUCGUGUUGCUCAGAUUUUGUAUUUGCAGAAACUGUUAUUUACAUACAAAAUGUUUCAUUUACCACCCACA